AUGAGCGGUUCUCGAGUUCGGGCGCUAAUUGUUUGCACGAGGAAGCCGGACGAAGUCGUUCCACAGGACAAGCGCCGGGCAGUCACGCUAUUCGUUGGCCUGAUUCUGGCGAUCUUGGCAUAUACGGUGCUCCUCGUGUACAAUGCGGUGGAGCAGAAAAAUAACCCGAGUACAUCCUUCGUGCUAUCGAAUAGUGUUUACAAAUACCCAGACACGUACGUGUGUUUGACCUACUUCUUCGGCUGCGACGACCUUGACUUGGAGGAGGGCUGUGCGUCUUCCAUCUUCGACACGGAAGGGGGCAGCAGCUCGGCGGUAUUCAACCCCGGCGGGGAGAUGGAGCAAGAAAUCGCCACCACUACAUGGUCAGACGAGGCGAGUCUUGUUUGAUUUCCACCAUUGUCUGCUGUGGUUAUCGCUUCUUUCUCUUACGUUGGUAGCGUGUUUGUGUUUGCUUUCCUUCUUACCUCUGCGCGAUUCCCGCGUAAUGUACGGUGCUGGUCCUGAAGGCAGAGAAAAAAACCACUCUUUGGACACACACUCAAGGCGUAUGACCCGGAACAAAGAGGAAGUUGUUGUGCACUUCAUUGCGCAAUCGAGAAUGAUGCUUUGCUAAAAGAAGGCAGGAAGGUAGAGAGCGUGAAAAACUCUUGACACGAGGUUCUGAUCGUGGGGGUAAAGCAUUGAGCGGUGCCACGUUCGUUCUAUUUCCCUGGCUUUUCCUACGGGUAGGCUUGAUUAAUGACCACGGGUGGACGAGGGUGAGGCAUAAUGUUUUUGUGAGCUGACGUAAAGUUCGUGCGAUAUGACAUAAAACUUCGUGUGAGAUCACAACGUUUGAUGGCAACUGAUCGUGAGCACGUUUGCGUCCAUACUGCCCUGCCUCUUUCAGAGGGGCUGGUGCGUUUUCUUCGAGACUUCCGCGGUGGACAUCGUAGACGGCGAGCGAGAUCCGGAGGACUACAUCCUCCUAAACGUGAGCACACAUGUUCCAUGUGUGCCGUACGGAGGAACACCCAUGGUCAUGUGUCCUUCCCAAUAAACGUCGAACGACAAGCCACGACGUAUGGAGAAACGUCCUGUGCACUCACGAGUCCGAAAACAGCGCUUCCAGUUGGGAGGACGGGUCUUCACUGGUGCUUGCUAUGUAUGUCUCUCGAGUUGUUACGUUGAUGGGGCUGCUAUGUUGUGUUUGAACAGAUGUACUGGUAUCCGGGCGGGACCGCGAACGCUUCGACGACGUGCAUUCCUGAGGAGGGCGAGUGGGAUUCUCACAGGUGAUGAAACAACCGCACGUCACACAAAUAUCUGAAAACCUCUCAUUGACUAUUACAAAAGAGAGCUUGAAAUACCGUCGUUAGUACCAUCAGUGCUGUAGGCCAUGAAAGAAGGCUCGGUGCAACCCAAAACGUUCCCAAGGCUAUGUACAUGCGAUGCGCACAUUGCCGCCCCGCGAACACCCUUGACCUUGCAGAAGGAAAUCUUCAGACUUACCAGAAGAGGCAGUCACAUCAGAGGAUAUGUACAGAUGGCGCCCGCAGUGUAACGUCUCGGGGCGAGGUUUGGCUUUCCAAUUGUAGGCCAAAACACCAGGGAUACUUUUAUGUGUAGCUUGUUGCGUAGGUUUCUGUCGUCCUGGCAUGUUUUUGCGAGACUCGGACACGGGCAUCCUGUCGGCCGGCAUCCAAGUCCCCUACAGCUGCAUGACCAGCGAGUCCAGCAGACACGUCUUCACCUACAUGGUUGAGGCGAUUCGUCGUCCCGAACUCCAGCAGAAUCCCCUUCUAGACGUGUUCGUGGUCUUCAAUCGCGUUUAAUCAGGGUGUUCCACGGUGGUUGCUGUUUUGCUGCCUUACGACGACCGACUUCCGCACGUCAGAUUCAACAGCAGUGCUACCGUAAAAGAUGUCACGGCCAUGACCCAGUAUAUCCGCUUUGCUGCAGUAUCACCCAAAAUCUGUUCAGCCGAAAUGUUGACACAGAAUGUUUCAAAUGUCCCGGUGGCUCAGUGACAUACCCGCGGUAUGCAGUUGGUGGGUUCAUCCCUGAGUGCGCAGGUUUAUUCCUUCUGCUCCGUUUAUAACAUGUGCAUUUUGUGUGUGUGUGUGUGUUUUAUUUGUCAAUUCUUGCGAUGAGUUCAUCAUAUCGUCGAACAAAAAUGCUGCUAUGUCUUCAUAUUUUAUUUUUGUGUGGGGGGUGGAAGACUAGGCAAAAUCUCUUAACCUAGAAGACCUAGCUGUGGCUGGUGUUGUAUGGCUGGUUUUGUGUGCCAUGUGUUUGAAAGCGCCGUGGACCAACGCGUUGUCUGUUUCCUGUGGAAGGAAGCGCGAGGUGGCAGAACAGGAGUUUCACGAAAAUAAGUAUACGAUGGGCGUGGUUGUUUUCGCUACACGUGAAUGAAUCCAACAAGCGGCUACCACGCGGCAAAGAUUACUGGAAAACAAUGUCGGGGAUGGCGAUCUCAUGGUUAACUGCCUUGAAGGUUGACCGUAUCCACUGAAGUGCGUGUCGCCAUGGAAUCAGGCUGUUUUUCAACAAGUCCUUCAGGUUGUCUUCGCUUUUCCU